AGUAGGCACACUGCAAGUUUGGAGUUGCAAGAAAAUACAUCUCCAAAAAGUAACAACUAAAGAUGUCCGGACGGUCAGGUCGCGCGGAGACACGGAGUCGUGCUAAAGAUGAUAUUAAAAAGGUGCUGGCAGCAAUUGAAAAAGUGCGUAAAUGGGAGAAGAAGUGGGUAACUGUGGGAGACACAUCCCUACGAAUAUUCAAGUGGGUGCCUGUGACAGACACUAAACAGAUAUACCGGAGCAAAUCCAUAACUGGAGAGGUUCGAGGUCUAAAAGAUGUGGUGUUGGAAAACUCCAACUCUACCUUGGAUUUCCAAGAUGAAUGCAGCAACCAGAGUUUCCUGUCUGAUAUCUACCAGCCCAAAAUGGACAGCAGCAGCUCCAGCUCCCAGCAUGCCAGUGAGGCAGUCAGUCCUCUUCCCCACACCACAACACUCCGCACGACCGAAGACGCUCAACCACCCAUGCUGGGCCAGGAGAGUGUGAACGAACCAUCCCAGCCAGCACAUGAAGUUGCUGAUGAGCCUCCAACAUUGAUCAAAGAGGACCUGGUUUUGCCCCUUGGUGUCCGAGUAAAAGCUCCAUGCACAGAGGAAGAAGAGGGAUCAGGAGCCCCUCCACUGAAGAAAGUUUGCACUGAAAAAAAGGCUGUACUGAGAUAACUAGUUGAUUGGAUGGACAUGCAUGUAACCCAUUCACUAGCUUUAUUGAAGGCUUCAAAUUUGACAUAUGGAUAACUGCCAAAAUAAUAGAAACACUUGAGUAAAUGAGGGAUACAAAGUAUAUUGAAAGCAGGUGCUUCCAUACAGGUGUGGUUCCUGAGUUAAUUAAGCAAUUAACAUCUCAUCAUGCUUAGGGUCAUGUAUACAAAUGCUGGGGCAGGCCAUUAUUAUGGCUACCAUAGUACUGUAUGACAACACCAAAUGAUGCAAUUUCUUGUAGAAGAAUGGUGUCGCAUCCCUCCGAUAGAGUUCCAGACACUUGUAGAAUCUGUGCCAAGGUGCAUUGAAGCUGUUCUGGCUCGUGGUGGCACAACGCCCUAUUAAGACACUUUAUGUUGGUGUUUACUUCAUUUUGGCAGUUAUUUGUAGAUAGAUUAUUAUAAAAUAUGCAUUUCUGUUAAUCAAGUUAUUACAAAUGGAACACAUUUAAAAAGAACGUUGACGUUGUUUUAAUACAGUUUUAAGUUGUUUUUUAAAAUACAAUUUUACCUUCUCAGCUUUGAAAAGGAAUCUUAAGCCGUUUAAUGCGUUACACUGUACAUAAAGUCGUGCUCACAGAAAGUGCCUAUCGCUCUGAAAUAUACACUAUUUAUUUUCUGUCAGGCAAGUGUCUCAUAUAUUAUGCUAUUUGUAUAAAUUGCACAGAUAUAAGUAAUUAUGGCCCCUAUUCAAUCAAAUCAGUUUGUUAAUCCUAAGGGAUGAAGUGGAGCACAUCUUAAUUCAUGUUCGGUUGAGUUUCUUUUGUUUUACACUGUUUGCGCUGUUUUGUUAAAUACAUUUAUCCAAGCAGCACAGGAAGUAUGAGGGGAAACUUAUUCCAGUCACUGGAUUUGAUUGAAUAUGGGCUGAAGUUUUUUAAAUCGUUUUUUUUACGUUUGUACUUUGCUUUGCAAAUAAGAUUAGAAAACUGUUUGUCAUGUCUAUCCUUUUUGAUAUACUGUAUCUUGCUUGUUCCAUUUUCAUAGAGCAUUGAAAGUGAAUGGUGAACGAGGUUGAAAGGUAGUUCAAGACCUUGGUGUAAAUACACUUGUAUUGUAAUUCAGAGAAUGUUUCUUAUGGUCAGGUGGGUCAUGCUCUCAAGUGCUUGUUUUUGUGCUGCAAAAGUGAUGCACAUGCUGGAAUAUACGCUGCUCCAUAGUAAAAUAUGGUUGUAGAUAUCGUGUUUUCUGUUUGCAGUGUUUUGCAUCUUUUGACUCCCAUACUCUCAAAUAAUUGGCCAAAAUAGUUUUCACCAUAUAGGAUGACCACUUGACCUGGUUGCAUUUUAUCAUCAUUGUUUCAUGGAAAUUAUUGGAUUGCAAAUCUAUGGCCUUCAGCCCUCAAUCUAUACAUAGAAGGCUUGGGCCGUGGCUGACCAUAAGUCUCCAGACUUAGCACUGUGGGUUUUUAUCAAGUCCAUGAAAUAAACUCCUGACAUCUGAUAGAGAUGAUAUAAUUAUUCUUGGUUGAAUGUUAAAAUCCAUGGGAAGUAAGUAACUCCUACCACUGUAGGACAUUUAAUUUCAGUAUAAAUUCUUGUGAAAAUGUGAUUUUAGUGUUUUCGUUAUUUGUAAAGAAUACUAUUUUCCUGUCAUACUAAACAUUUAUGAGAAAUACUCCAUUGCUUGUUAUUGAAUGUAAGGGAUAGUUCACUCAAAAUAAAACAAAGUGGAAUAUAGGGGAAUAAGGUGGCUUUUCAAAAUUGUAAUGCAUACAAUGUCUUCAGACGGGGAUACUGAAUCUAAAUGCAACGGGACAUUAUGUAAAAGAAAAAUACAUAAAAUAUUCUCUUUCUAGAAGGGGCCCAACAAUGUCAAUAUAUUUGACAGUUAUGGAGGUGCCCAGCCCACCCAAGCAAUAGAGCAGUGGUUCCCAACCUUUUCGGUUACUGUACCACCAAAUGAAUUUUGCUCUGCCAGGAGUACUCCUGAAGUACCCCCACAUGUGCAUUUUACCAGUAGGCCUAUGGUCUCAUGAGUCUUCUCAAGUACCCCCUGUGGAAAGGCCAAGUACCCCCACUGGUCCAAGUCUCCUGGUUGGGAACCACUGAAAUAGAGCCCCACAGCGAAUGCGUCAUAAAAACUAGCAGUCAAACAGGGAAAUAUUUCUCAAACUUUUUUUUUUCACCAUUCAUUUUUCCCAUAGGGCAUUUUAGAACCACUUCAAACAAGGUCUGUGUCUCAUGUAGACUUUCCCUGGUGUGAUGUUUUGAUAACCAUGUAAACUCUGUCAGACAAAGUGUUUAACAAUAUAUUUGGCUCUAUUUACUCUGAUUCGAAAAUGCUAAUUUGCAUCAAGUAGACAUGCAAGACUACAAGCUCCUGCACUUCAUUUCUUGCUGACACCUUUGCUGUCAACUAGCUAGCCACUAACAACCUUGAUCCAAAACAAAAUAUAUAUUGAACAUUUUCAUUUACUGUUCCAUAUUUUAUAUAACUAAUAUUUGUCUUGUUUAUACAUCUGGUCUUGUGUCGUGUACAUAAUACUAUUCUAGUAGCAGUCAGAUAUUUACAAUGUGCCAUGAAUACUAGGCAAUUGUUUUGCAAAGAAGCUAGCUAGCCAGCUAUGUAAAUUAAUACUAGCAUCAUACCCUUAUUUUACAAGAUCCUCUUCUCCUUCUGCCAGUGGAGGUCUAUAUUUAAUCCCUUAACAUUUCUGCCAACUAUAUGAACGAGGAGAAAUCUAUUUCAAUUAAUGGUGUCAGAAUGCACUGCUGUAUUAAAGCAAUUCAGAACUAACCUGUGGACAUGUUCUGAAAAUUCUUGCAAUUCAAAGCGCGAUUAAUUAAUUGCAGAAUGUAUACAUAAUUAUGAAUGAAUAAGCAUAUUUGUUUGACAAGAAUGCACCUAACCACCCAUCAAUCACUUCAAACAAAUUAACUCCAACAAUUACAUUGUUUUAAAGAAAUGAACAAUGCAUACAUAUUUUAUACAUAAUAUAUAAACAUCUUACUUAAAGUAAACAAAUAAUUUAUUAAUCAAUGCCACAAACCUGGGACAUCGAAGAUCACGAGUAUUACUAUCAGAGAGCGCACAGAUUCUUCUGCUUUUCCAUUUUAGAAAUUAGACCAGCAACAAUAAAACAAUGUGCCUUCCGGGUGGCACAGUGGUCAAGGGCGCUGUACUGCAGCGCCAGCUGUGCCACCACUGGGUUUGCGACCCGGCUCUGUCGCAGCUGGCCACGACCGGGAGGUCCGUGGGGCGAUGCACUAUUGGCCUAGCAUCGUCCGGGUUAGGGAGGGUUUGGCCGGAAGGGAAAUCCUUGUCUCAUUGCGCACUAGCGACUCCUGUGGCGGGCCGGGCGCAGUGCACGCUAACCAGGUCGCCAUUGGUGCGGCUGGCUUCCUGGUUGGAUGCGCGCUGUGUUAAGAAGCAUGGCUUUUGACCUUCGUCUCCCCCGAGCCCGUACGGGAGUUGUAGCGAUGAGUAACAAUUGGAUACCACGAAAUUGGGGAGAAAAGGGGGUAAAAUUCCAACAAAAAAAGAAAGCCUAUUUUCCAUGGUAGAGUAGGUCAGGGUGUGACUAGUUUAUAUUUUCUGUGGGGUUCUAGGUUGUUUUUUCUAUGUUGGGGUUUUGGUAUGAUUCCCAAUUAGAAGCAGCUGGCUAUCGUUGUCUCUAAUUGGGGAUCAUACUUAGCAUUGUUUAUGUUUAGCUGCCUGUUAGCACUGCAUUGUUGUCACAGUUAAUUUAUUCUUUAUUGUUUUGUCUUUGCUAAAGUUUCACUUCUUUAUUAAAUUAUGUGGAACUCA